AGCCACAGAGCUCACGGCCGCCGCCAUCUUCCCCAUCUCACCGCCCAACUCCCUCUGGCCCGGAUGCAGAUUCCCGUGCCCCGGAUCAUGCAGGUUUUUCCGGGGCCGCGACCGUAGGUCACGGAGGUCCCUCAACUUAAAGAUGGCGGCUUCGGCAGUGAGGGGCGCUAUGGCUCUGCGGACGAGUACCGGCCGGCCCAUUGCCUUUGUCAGAAAAAUUCCUUGGACCGCGGCCUCGAGUGAGCUGAGAGAACACUUUGCACAAUUUGGCCAUGUACGAAAGUGCACUCUACCUUUUGACAAAGAGACUGGCUUUCAUAGAGGUAUGGGCUGGAUUCAUUUUUCUUCAGAAGAAGAACUUCAGAAUGCACUACAACAGGAAAACCAUGUUAUUGAUGGAGUAAAGCUCCACGUUCAAGCUCAAAGACCAAAAGUUUUGCAAGGGGAUCAAACAUCUGAUGAAGAGAAAUAUUUUUGAGACUAUUACUGCCUAUUAAAAAAAACUGAAAAUUU